CCACAGCCAGACACCAAAGAAUGAGAACGAAGGGCUCCCGGCAUGGCCCCGCCUCCUCUCGGCGCUUCCGCCGCCCAGCCUUCCUCUGGCCCAGUGGGCAGUGGGCGGGGCUGGCCGCGCGCGCAGCCUGACGGGCCGUGGGUCCUCGCACGCGUCUUUCUCCUGUAGGAACCGGCGUGAGCCGUGCGCGCGACUGGAAGAAGCAGGUGAGCUAAGCUCAUGCUGAUCCCAUUUUCAAUGAAGAAUUGCUUCCAGUUACUUUGUAACCUCAAGGUCCCAACAGCUGGCUUUAAAAACACAGUAAAAAGUGGGCUUAUUUUACAAUCAAUUUCUAAUGAUGUUUAUCAAAAUCUGGCUGUAGAAGACUGGAUCCAUGACCAUGUGAAUCUAGAGGGCAAGCCGGUUCUUUUCCUUUGGAGAAAUUCUCCCUCUGUUGUAAUAGGUAGACAUCAGAAUCCUUGGCAGGAAUGCAACCUGAAUCUGAUGAGAGAAGAAGGUAUAAAACUGGCUCGGAGAAGAAGUGGAGGAGGAACAGUCUAUCAUGAUAUGGGUAAUAUCAAUUUGACUUUUUUUACAACCAAAAAAAAGUACAAUAGGAUGGAGAAUUUAAAAUUAGUUGUGAGAGCUCUGAAUGCUAUCCAACCCCAGCUGGAUGUGCAGGCCACCAAAAGAUGUGACCUUUUACUUGAUGGACAGUUUAAAAUCUCAGGAACAGCUUCUAAGAUUGGCCGGACUACUGCUUAUCACCAUUGCACUUUAUUAUGUAGUACCAAUAGGACCUUCUUGUCAUCUUUGCUGAAGAGCCCUUACCAAGGGAUCAAGAGCAAUGCCACUGCUAGCAUACCUUCCGUAGUAAAAAAUCUUUUGGAAAAAGAUCCCACUCUGACCUGUGAAGUACUGAUGAAUGCUAUUGCUGCAGAAUAUGCUGCUUACCAUCAAAUUGAUAAUCAUAUUAACCUAAUAAACCCAACGGAUGAGACACUGUUUCCUGGAAUAAAUAAUAAAGCCAAAGAACUACAGACCUGGGAGUGGAUAUAUGGCAAAACUCCAAAGUUUAGUAUAAACACUUCCUUUAAUGUAUUAUAUGGACAGUCAUAUUUGGAAAUUAAAAUAGUCAUAGACAUAAAGAAUGGAAGAAUUGAAAUCUGUAAUAUUGAAGUACCUGAUCAUUGGUUGCCACUGGAAAUAUGUGACAAAUUAAAAGCAGGUUUUAUUGGCAGUAAGUUUUGCCCAAUUGAAACUACAAUGCUAACAAGUAUAUUACAUAAAACAUGUCCUAAAGAUGAUGAACUACACAGUAAAUGGAAUAUUCUCUGUGAAAAAAUUAAGGGAAUAAUGUGAGUCCAAAUAAAUUUCUUAAUGGUUUUAAUGAUAAUAAAAUGUUUACUUUGUAUGUCUUUUUUUUUUUUUUAAAGUAAUCUCUACACCCAACAUGGGGCUUGAAUUCACAACCCUGAGAUCAAGUCGCAUGCUGUUAUCGACUGAGCCAGCUAGGCACCUUCAUUGUAUGUCUCUUAAAAAAAACAUAGUCUCUUUCAGUAACUAUUCCUCAUUAGGAAGUGUCACCUAGUCCAUAUUUUCUAUUUUCUGGCAUAUAGAUAUGUUAUCUCUUUCUUCAUUGCUUUUUAUUUUUUUUAACCUAGCACAGAUAUGUAUUUCUGCUCCUUCCUGUUACACCAUGGAGAUGUAUACUUUAUUUGACAGUGAUCUCAGAAUUAGUUU